AUGACCCACUCGUGCUGCUCCCCUUGCUGCCAGCCUACGUGCUGCCGGACCACCUGCUGCCAGCCCACCUGCUGCCAGCCCACAUGCUGUGGGUCGAGCGGCUGUGGGUCCAGCUGCUGCCAGCCUUGCUGCCGCCCAACUUGCUGUCAGACCACCUGCUGCAGGACCACCUGCUGUCAGCCCAGCUGCUGUGUGUCCAGCUGCUGCCAGCCCAGUUGCUGUGGGUCCAGCGGCUGUGGGUCUAGUGGCUGUGGCUCCAGCUGCUGCCAGCCAGUUUUCUGUACACCCGUGUACUGCACGAGAACCUGCUACCACCCCACCUGCUGCUGCCUGCCUGGGUGCCUGUCCCAGGGCUGUGGCUCCAGCUGCUGCCAGCCAGUUUUCUGUACACCCGUGUACUGCACGAGAACCUGCUACCACCCCACCUGCUGCUGCCUGCCUGGGUGCCUGGCCCAGGGCUGUGGAUCCAGCUGCUGCCAGCCUUCCUGCUGCUGA